AUGAGAGAUGAUGCUUGCUCUCUCUGGAUGUGGGUUUUGAAAGAGAUAAAGGAGGAAGAUGGAAGAAGAAAGCAUGAAAUUGAAAGCUUGAAGAAGAAAGAAUGGGUAAGGGUGCUAGUCAAAAAAGGUGAUCAGCACAUGCGGCCUAUGAGUUUGCUCAAGCUGCUGGAAAUAGCCUAUUUGAUUAAGGUGUUGGAUAUUUUGGCUGAUGUGGGAUUUCUCCAGGCUCAAGAAAUGGGCUCGAGUUUUAGUGCUCCCAAGCAGCCCAAAACUUCCACUUCUUGGCCCAUCAAUGGGCCUCGUGAAUGCUCGUAA